UGGAGUUAGGGGACAGUAAAAGGGGAACCUUACUCUUGACGUAGCACUGAUCUUUGGACUUUUGGGACGUUUUCUCAGCGUGUUUGAAAGAAUGACGUGGAGGAUAAACUGUUGUUGGAUCGAUAUCACCAAAUCAGUUUUACAGGGGCGGUUUCUUGGACUCUAAAGACUAUGUUGCUUUUUUUUCUCAAAUCAUGCCACGUUUGAGAUUACGCAUGUGAUGAUCUGAGCUGUCAUCCUCCUCCUCUUCCUCACUCACAGACAGCUGCUUGGAGAGGACAGACUGAAAAGUUCGCAAACUUUCCUCGUCAUUCCAGACGCCUGAUCCUCCUGCAGACCGGACCGGACCAGAGCAGCAUGCUGGACUGACGUCUGAGGAAUGGCAUCGGCUGUGUUUGAAGGGACGUCGCUGGUCAACAUGUUUGUGCGGGACUGCUGGGUUAACGGGAUCCGCAGACUCAUCAUCAGCCAGCGGGGAGAGGAAGAGGACUUCUUCGAGAUCAGGACAGAGUGGUCUGACAGGAAUAUUCUGUACUUGCAUCGGAGUUAUUCGGAUCUGGGACGGCUGUUUAAAAGACUGGCGGAGUCCUUUCCUGAAGACAGAAGAGAUCUGUCCAAGUCUCCGCUCAUAGAAGGGCUGGUGAAAAUCAAAGAGGCAAACGACAUAGAGGAGAAACUGAACGAGGUGGAGAGACUGCUGAAGAAUGCCAUCAACAUGCCCUGCAAGUAUUCAAGGUCAGAGGUCAUGCUGACUUUCUUCGAGCGUUCACCGCUGGACCAGGUGCUGAGGAACGACAAAGUCCACAGGAUCCAGCCGUGCUUUGAGAGUCCUAUCAAGAUCUCAGAAAUCAUGCGGUCGAAUGGAUUCUGUCUGGCCAACACAGAAACGAUCGUUUUUGAUCACAAUCUGCCUGAGGAAAAGGAACGACCUUCAUCCACCGACUCUGUGGAGCACACGUAUGAUGAUGGAUCAGAGUUUCUGCCGUUGGAAACAGACUUGUGUGACGAGGAAACAGAAGCGUAUGUCACCAACCUCUCCUAUUACCAUCUGGUCCCUUUUGAGACUGACAUCCUGGAAUGAAGACGGGACACCUGUUGAUGGAGACAUGAGGACAAUUAACCCUUAAACGGGUGCUGGCUCAACGCUGUGCAUAGCUGCUCCAAGUUUAUGCUGCUGCUGCUCGUUCCAGCAACCUUCAGAGGAGUUUCUGCUUUUUAAGCAGCAUCACCAGUGUGCCUCGAUCACAGCCUUACAUCAUCAUCAUGUUUCAAGGAAAACAGGAAACGGGAAUGACUUGAUUGUGGAUCCACAGGGAUGGAAUGAAUGUGGCCUCCAUAGUGGAGGUCCCUGCAGUCCUGAGCAGAUGAAAACUGGAGAUGUCUUUUAAACAGGGGUGUCAAACUCAAGGCCCGGGGGCCAAAUCCGGCCCGUGAAACAGUUAAAUCCAGCCCGCAGAUUACAUCAUAUUUCUGUUAUACUGGCCCAUCAGUCUGAGGU